UAUGCACCGACCCGCUGUGCAGCUGCACAGAGCUCCGUGGAGCAGAGCAUCCUUCCUCCUUGCCAUCACCACGAAGCAGUCCACAACCCCCAGCUGGUGCCCUGCACGUGCCCCCUCUUCUCCUGCCCAUGGGAAGGGCACUUGGAGGUGGUGGUGGCCCACCUGAGGCAGACCCAUCGCAUCAACAUCCUUCAGGGGGCAGAGAUUGUCUUCCUGGCCACGGACAUGCACCUGCCCGCCCCCACGGACUGGAUCAUCAUGCACUCUUGCCUUGGCCACCAGUUUUUGCUGGUCCUCAGGAAGCAGGAGAAGCACGAAGGGCACCCCCAGUUCUUUGCCACCAUGCUGCUGGUGGGCACGCCGACCCAAGCUGACAACUUCACCUACAGGUUGGAGCUCAACAGGAACCAGAGGCGCCUCAAGUGGGAGGCCACCCCCAGGUCGGUGCUGGAACGGGUGGACUCCAUCAUCUCAGAUGGGGAUUGCCUCGUGCUGAACACUCCCUUGGCCCAGCUCUUCUCAGACAACGGGAGCCUGGCCAUAGGGAUUGCAAUAACCACCAGCAACGUUCACAGUGCUGAAGCUGAAAUGUGA